UUAUGUGUUAUGAGAAGGUCAGAGAGGGCAUCGCUGCUGAAAGCCCAACCUGUUUCCUUGAAUCAAACAAUGUUUGAUUCAUAGUUCCGCAUGAAAACUGAAAUCAGAACUUGAGAAACCUGAGGAACAGUGUUGAUGUGAUUUCCUCACUCUAUGUGGAGGGGUUUGGUAGAUAUAGUGUAGCCGACAGUCAGUACUGCUUCACGUGCUCACAUUAUCCGUGGCCAUGCUGCUCUUUCUGGUGCUGUUGAAAUUCGUCCCAGCCAACUGUCUGGACUUUGUUCAGGGGCGCAUUGUUGGCGGAUAUACCCCCUCGCCAAAUUCAAUCAAAUACAUAGUGUCGUUACAGAGCUCGAAAGGGCAGCACUUCUGUGGCGGAUCUCUGGUCCAUAAGUACUGGGUGCUUACAGCUGCCCAUUGCAAUAUUGGGAUGGAUCGGAUGAUGCUGGUGGCUGGAGACUAUACUCUGGGUGUCUAUGAGGGGACAGAGCAGUACUCCAAGCCUCUGUCGCUCAUCCCGCACCCUCUGUACAACAGGAGCACCAAUAAUGCAGAUAUUAUGCUCAUAAAGCUCAGCGCACCUAUAGAGCUGAACAGGUUUGUGUCGCUCGCCCCACUCCCCAAACAGAACACGGGGCUGCUGGCGGGCCGGAUGUGCCGGGUCUCCGGAUGGGGCUCCACGAGUCACAGCGGAGGACUAAACCCCGUCACCCUGCGUACGGUCAAGCUCCCCAUCGUCUCCACCUUCAAGUGCAACAGCAGCGACUCCUUCAGCGGAAACAUCACGGCGAGCAUGAUCUGCGCGGGCUCCAGAGCCGGAGGAAAAGAUGCGUGUAAGGGGGACUCCGGAGGGCCGCUGGUGUGUGAUGGACGGGUCUACGGCCUGGUCUCUUGGGGAAAUGGCUGUGGAGAUCCAAGGUUUCCAGGGGUGUAUACGGCAGUGUCCCGCUUCCGCAGGUGGAUUGACCAGACCAUAUACAGCCCAUACUAUCGAUGCCUUAAGUCAGUUGGUCUUUUCAGCAGGGAAGACUAACCUUCUGUGUGUUUCCAAUCAUGCAACGUGCAAAACAAUAUUCUU